GCGCUAAAUCCUCCACUGCUCACAUCCGGGCUACGAACCAUGAGCAAAGACGUGGAAUGUUAGACUUUUUUUUUUUUCCUCAGCCGCUGUAAUGAUGAAGUAAAAAGCACCAUGAUUGGUGGAUUGCGAGGGACAAGAAACAUAAAACCGGAGGAUUAGCUUUAGCAUUCGGAUCCAAACACGACAGACGCGAAAAAACCCCCAGCGAAUCCAAACAGCGCGAACAUCAGCUGACGGCACAAAGGCCUUUCGCCUGCUUCUGAACAUAUGUAAGAUUCAAAGUUCUAGAAAAAAAUGAAAAUACAAAAGAAGGACAAGCAGAUGUCCGCCACACACAUUUUAAUGCACAAUUCAACUACUCCCGCCAGCAAUGCCUCUGAGCAGAGUGGACAGACCACUUUUUCAAUAGGCCACUUUGGUAAGGAGCAGAUCCGCAUCAUCGAUGGGCCAUCUAACCACUGUGUGGCUCAUGCAAAGCUCUCUGGGAUGAGGGAAGUAGUCCAAGGGUCUAGCAGCCCCAGUCCCCGCCUUUCUGUUUCACCAGUCAAUAGCGAGGAGGAUGAUGGUGGAGGUGGGCCCAGGGUGAGGAAAAAACGCAAAAAAAAAGACAAGAAAGAUGCAAGAGAGGACAGAGAGUGUGACAUUAGACCAAAGAAAAAGAAAGUACAGAAAGAAGGGAAGGGGCUGCUCCUGAAGAAAUCAAAAGCACUGAAGGAGAUAAAAGAGACAAAGAAGGCAGAUGGGAAGGCAGUAAAGGAUUCUAAAAAGGUCAAGAAAGUUCAAGAGGUCAAGUCAAAAACACAAGGAAAGGAUGUGACCUCCCUACCAAGGCAGCGCGGGAGGAAACCAAAAGAGCAGAGCGUUGUCCCCCUGGAGAAAAGGAAAAAAGGGAAGCGGAAAAGUGAUGCAUCGCAGGAGGCAGCUGAGAGUGAUGAUACAGCCUCACUCUGUACACUCGCUACUGGAGGAGAAGAAAGCACAGACCCUAUGGACAACACUAAGAGGAGAUCAGGGCGUCAGGUGAAGCGAAGGAAGUACAAUGAAGAUCUAGAUUUUAAGGUGGUGGAUGAUGAUGGUGAGACCAUUGCUGUGUUGGGAACAGAGCGAAUUCCUGCUCUCUCCUCCUCUACUCUUGCUUGGCAAGCAGAGGAACCCCCUGAAGAUGAAGCCAACAUUAUUGAAAAGAUUCUCUCUGUGCGGACUAUUAAGAAGGAGACAUUCCCUGGAGAACCAGUUGAAGAGUCUGAAGAGUUUUAUGUGAAGUACAGAAAUUUUUCCUACCUUCACUGUAAAUGGGCAACAUUGGAAGAGCUGGAAAAGGACCCGCGCAUUCACCAAAAAAUCAAACGCUUCAGGAACAAACACGCACAAAUGAAGCACAUUUUCUCAGAGCUGGAUGAAGACCUCUUUAAUCCAGACUAUGUUGAAGUAGAUCGGGUUUUGGAGAUUGCGAUCACUACAGACACAGAAACUGGAGAGGAGGUGACGCACUACCUGGUAAAGUGGUGUUCUCUACCCUAUGAGGAAAGCACUUGGGAACUGCAGGAGGAUGUAGACCCUGUGAAGAUUCGUGAGUUUGAAGAGCUCAAGAAAAUACCAGAACUCACACCUGUUGAGAGGCCUGCACCAGAGCAAUGGCAAAAGCUCGAACAGUCUCGUGAAUACAGAAAUGGCAACCAACUCAGAGAAUACCAGCUAGAAGGCAUGAACUGGCUUCUUUUCAAUUGGUACAAUAGGAAAAAUUGUAUCCUAGCUGAUGAAAUGGGCCUCGGAAAAACCAUCCAGUCCAUAACAUUCCUCUAUGAGAUCUUCCUUAUGGGUUUGAGAGGUCCCUUCCUAAUCAUUGCCCCUCUUUCUACCAUUACAAACUGGGAGAGAGAGUUCCGCACGUGGACAAACAUUAAUGUAAUUGUUUAUCAUGGUAGCCAGAUCAGCCGCCAGAUGAUCCUGCAGUACGAGAUGUAUCACAGAAAUGAACAGGGAAACAUAAUACCUGGCCUGUUUAAGUUUCAUGGUGUAAUCACCACAUUUGAGAUGAUUAUGGCUGAUUGUCCUGAACUGAAAAAGGUUAAUUGGCGCUGUGUGGUUAUUGACGAAGCACAUCGACUGAAGAAUCGUAACUGUAAACUGCUGGAAGGACUCAAACUCAUGAACCUGGAGCAUAAAGUGCUCCUUACAGGUACACCUCUACAGAACUCUGUGGAGGAACUCUUCAGUCUGCUCAACUUCCUGGAGCCAGUGCAGUUUCCCUCAGAGAGCACAUUUCUCGAGGAAUUUGGAGAUCUAAAAACUGAGGAGCAGGUUAAGAAGCUUCAAGCUAUUUUGAAGCCCAUGAUGUUAAGGCGGCUAAAGGAUGAUGUGGAGAAGAAUUUAGCUCCCAAAGAAGAAACUAUAAUUGAGGUGGAACUAACCAAUAUCCAAAAGAAAUACUACCGUGCCAUCUUGGAGAAAAACUUUACCUUUCUGGCAAAGGGAGCAAACCAGCACAAUAUGCCCAACCUCAUCAACACUAUGAUGGAGCUACGAAAGUGUUGCAACCAUCCAUAUCUCAUCACAGGUGCUGAAGAAAAGAUUCUGGAUAGUUUUAGGAAAACCCACAAUCCUGAGGCACCAGAUUUCCAGCUGCAGGCUAUGAUACAGGCUGCUGGAAAACUGGUGCUUAUUGAUAAGCUGCUGCCCAAACUCAUUGCUGGGGGACAUAAAGUUUUGGUGUUCUCCCAGAUGGUUCGGUGCCUGGAUAUACUAGAGGACUACCUCAUUCAGAGAAGGUACACAUACGAGCGUAUUGAUGGAAGAGUCAGAGGGAAUCUGCGACAAGCAGCUAUUGACAGGUUUUGUAAGGUGGACUCUGAUCGCUUCGUCUUCCUGCUGUGCACAAGAGCCGGAGGACUGGGCAUCAACCUCACUGCUGCAGAUACUUGCAUCAUAUUCGACUCUGACUGGAACCCACAGAAUGACCUGCAGGCCCAGGCUCGCUGUCAUCGGAUUGGCCAGAGCAAAGCUGUGAAGGUUUAUCGCCUUAUUACACGCAAUUCAUAUGAGAGGGAGAUGUUCGACAAAGCCAGUCUUAAGCUCGGUCUGGACAAGGCGGUUCUACAGGAUAUCAACCGCAAAGGCAGUCUAAAUGGGGUACAGCAGCUAUCUAAGAUGGAAGUGGAAGAUCUCUUGAGGAAAGGUGCAUAUGGUGCACUUAUGGAUGAAGAAGACGAAGGCUCAAAGUUCUGCGAAGAAGAUAUUGAUCAGAUUUUGCAACGCCGUACACAGACCAUCACCAUUCAGUCUGAGGGAAAAGGAUCUACAUUUGCUAAGGCUAGCUUUGUUUCCUCUGGAAAUCGAACUGACAUCUCUCUGGAUGACCCAAACUUCUGGCAAAAAUGGGCAAAAAUCGCUGAGCUGGAGAUUGACUCAAAGGAAGAGAAGGAGAGUCUUGUGAUUGAUACACCUCGCGUGCGGAAGCAAACACGACACUACAACUCUUUUGAGGAUGAUGAGCUGAUGGAGUUUUCAGAGCUAGACAGUGACUCAGAGGAGCGUCCUUGUCGUUCACGACGCCUUGGUGACCGCAGCAAGCGAUAUCUUCGAGCAGAAUGCUUCAGAGUGGAGAAGAACCUGCUCAUAUUCGGAUGGGGGCGGUGGAAGGACAUACUGAAUCAUGGACGUUUUAAGUGGCACCUUACAGAAAGAGACAUGGAAGUCCUGUGCAGAGCACUGCUUGCCUACUGUGUUCGUCACUACAGAGGUGAUGACAAGAUCAAGAGCUUCAUCUGGGACUUAAUCACACCCACCAAGGAUGGACACAAUCAAGCACUCCAAAACCACUCAGGACUGUCUGUUCCUGUACCGAGGGGCCGUAAGGGUAAGAAAGUAAAGAACCAGUUAAGUCCUCCGGAGCUGAAGAAUGCUGACUGGCUAGUCCACUGUAACCCAGAAGUAGUACUUCAGGAUGACAGCUACAAGAAACACCUCAAACAGCACUGUAACAAGGUGCUGCUGAGGGUGCGGAUGCUCUACUACCUUAAGGCAGAGGUACUUGGGGAGGCCGCCAGUCAGGCUUUGGAGGAAGUCUCAGCCAGCAAACUAGAGUUUGCCCUGCCAGAAGUUGACUACAUGGAAAUCCCUACUGCUUGGUGGGAUGCUGAGGCAGAUAAGUCUCUACUGAUUGGAGUAUACAAACACGGGUAUGAGCGGUACAAUGCCAUGCGUGCAGAUCCUCAGCUCUGUUUCUUAGAGCGGGUUGGCAUGCCAGAUGUCAUCGCACUAACAGCAGAACAGGGUGGUGCUGAGGUUGCACCAGAUGUACCUGACAGCAGUGUAAGCAAGAGUGAUGAUAUAAAGGAAGAGGUUGGUGGUAAUCCAGAGGGAAUAGAGGACAAAGAAGAGAAAAAGGUAAUGGUUAAAUGUCAGGCAAACCCUUUCUCAGAGGACACAAUGAAACUUGACAUUUCUCUUGGAGUCACUCCUCCAGAUGGAUUAGCUGAGGAGGUGGUUGAGCAAGGUCAGGCACUAUGGCCAACAGCAUCUGCUCUUACAGCAAGAUUAAGACGACUUAUCACGGCCUAUCAGCGUUACACACGUCGUGAACCAUUUCGUCAUGAAAUUCUCAUGCAUGAGGGCAUUGGGUCUGUUGCCUGGCAAGUGGGAGAGGAACUACGAAGCUGUAUGACUAAUUCAGAUCCACUUUUCCUUGAGUGGCAAAGAAGGUGGACACGCCGCGAACAGGCUGAUUUCUACCGUACUGUGUCCUCAUUUGGAGUGGUGUAUGACCCAGAGAAGAAGGUUUUUGACUGGCGCCAGUUCCGUAUCUUUGCUCGUUUGGAGAGGAAAACUGACGAAAGUUUAGAGAGAUAUUUUUGGAGCUUUGUUUCUAUGUGUCGUACAGCUUGCAGACUGCCACCAAGAAAAGAUGAAGGUCUUGUUGACCCCAAUCUAUGUAUAGAACCCAUUACUGAAGAACGAGCUGCUCGCACAUUGUACCGUAUUGAGCUCAUGAGAAAGGUUCGUGAGCAGGUGUUGCAUCACCCCCUCCUGGAGGAGCGUCUGAAGCUGUGUCGUCCUAGUCUUUACUUACCUGUUUGGUGGGAAUGUGGCAAGCAUGAUCGUGAUCUUCUCAUUGGUGUAGCCAAGCAUGGCCUUAGCCGCACUGACUUCUACAUAUUGAAUGAUUCUCAUUUGUCUUUCCUGGAGACCUACCGUAAUUAUGUCCAGAAAGAAAAGGUUGGAAACCCAGUGUCAAGCUUGCCUCAUCAACACUGCUAUCUGGGGCAGUGUCAUUCUCCACAGCCCACAGAGUUUCAUCAUGCCCUCUUACACUCCACACAAAUACACCAGCAAAUGCAUACGCAUGGCCACCCCCAAGCCUCAGAAGUAGUAGCAACAUCAGAAACAGAAAGCACUUUGACUAUGAAUGCAAACUCUAGGGAAGGCUUCUUGGACUGCACCACAAUUAAUGACUCUUUGGAUCUUGGGUCUUUACAGCAUGAAGGUUUGGCCUCAGGCUCCCUCCAUAGCAAAAGUAGCAAAGAGCCCUUCAGUGGAUUUCCAUUUAAUUCCGCCUCAGCUGGUCAGAGUAUGCUAAAUUCAUAUGAUGUACAAGGAGAUAUUACUGGUGCACAAGGAGACAUGACUGACUCUAUAGAUGGGAAACUUAGAAAUGAUGUUCUUGUGGGAGAGCAGGGUUCUUCAGAGGAGACUGGAUUAAUGGCCCCUUCAGUGGAACUAGAUGAACUUCAGACCCCAUGGGGAAGUUCAGAUCAUGCUGAAACUUCUGAUAUUUUCAAUGAAGGUGACCCUAUCUUGGGGGAACCUUCGCUGGAAACAGAGUUCCUGGACCCUGCUCACUCUGAAGAUGGACAGGAAAGGGAAGAUCCACUUACAGGAUGUUUAAGCAUACCCAGUUCAGAUUCACAGAGUGACCAAGUUGAACCAUUAGCACCAAGCUUUAUGUUGUUCAAGGAUCUAAAUUCUGGAGAAACUUCCAUGGAACAACCAGAUUUAUCUGCCAGUCCACCUGAAUAUGUUGCUCCACAACCUCUUGCACUUUCAGAUGUAGGCAUCGAUCAAGCAGGCUCCAUUAGCGAGGCGCUAGAAACAAAGCUGUGUGAUUCUGACAUCACAAAUUGUAACCCUAGUUCAGAAGAUGGAGCAGAACAUGUAGAAUAUCAGUUUCAGAAAGAGGAAACCUCACAAGGUAGCCAUAGUGAUUUGGAAACUGAUCAGAAGCUAAAGGACAUUGAAAGUAAAGCAAAUAAUGUGUCCUCUAUAGAAACUCUGAUGGAAAAUCAGUUGGAACCCCUGAAGGUAGAGUGCAACAUACCAAGUGAGGAACAGCUGAAGGAUCGCUGUCAAGUGUACUUGGAAGAAUCUUGUGAAAAACUCCUACUGGAGCCAGAUAAAGUGCCCUUAACAGAAUCUUAUGAUAUACCUUGCAAAGGAACUCUAGAGGAACUGCUAGAAGGAUCCCCCCAUGACCCAAAUGAAAAAUUGUUGGUAAAAGAAGCUUCUGGAAAACCCCUUGAAAAUUCUUUGGAACUAGUAGAGAACAAUCCAGCCAACCCGGCGCUCUCCCCCCACACUUUGCCUUCUUCAUUUCCUUUGUUUCCCACCUUUCCCACCCCAGUACCAGAUCACUCUGUGUUCCCAGACCCUGAUGCUGACCAUGACAUAAAGCAGGAGUUACUCUUGGGUUCAGCAGAGUCAGAGGUCAAACCCAAACCUGACAGCACCACGCUGAUCCCACACCUGGAACAGGCUGCUGAUGUGGAAGUGAAAGAUGAGAUAAAGGAAGAGGAAACAAAGACAGCAGCUUUAUUGGUAGAUAGUUAUAUUGAGGCACCACAGUUUGAUCCAUCAAUAUGUGAAGUGACAGGCAGUCUUCGGGAUCCAAAGGAGCCAACCAUUGCUCGGCUGCUACAAGAGAAAGCCCAUUACUCAUUCUCUGAGUGGCCCAAGGACAGAGUUAUCAUUAACCGCAUUGACAAUAUUUGCCAAGCUAUUUUAAAGGGGAAGUGGCCUGCCCCCAGUCAGCCGUAUGAAUCUCCCACAUCAGUCAUCAACUCCUCCAUGUCCAACAGUGCCCAGCAAAGGGCAGGUUUUUUACCAGCAAGAAUACCUCUACCUCAAGAUCAUAACUUAAACAUUCCACACCCAAUACCCCAUAUACACAAGGAACGGUUAGUAACACCUGCAUUUCUUUCUGAACUCAAGCGUUCCAAGUGUGGGUUUGAAUUUAACUCGGAGGUUCCUGUCAAACCAAUCAAUCUUGGAGAAAAAAUCCAACUUGGCAUCCCCCACCAUGGAGGUACCCUCCUCUUAAAUGGUUGGCAAGAAGCUGCCAUGGAUUUGUCUAAGCCAACAGAAAUUGCUUUCAGUAGGGAGGUUGAAUCUAUGAGACAUGUGACCCAUGCAGUCCAAUCAGCAACUCACAAGAUGCCUAACUUGAGCUCCAUGGAUGGCUUGAUCGGAUUGGACAUGGCGGGUAUUCUGCAAGCAGGACUUGUACACCCUGUUACAGGGCAGAUUGUUAAUGGCAGUCUUCGUCAUGAUGAUUCAAUAAUGAGGCGGAGAAGAGGUCGAAGGAGAAAUGUGGAAACACUUGACCUUGAAUUGAUAAAGGAACGAGACAUAAACUUAUCUAAAGCAAAGGGGCAGCCAGAGACUAUCAACCACCCCAUUGUGUCCUCCACCUCCUCUCAGCCUGACUGCCCCACCCAUUCUCCUUCUGCCCCCCCUUCCUCGGAGUCACUGACCAUGAGUGUUGACAGAGAGGCAGCCAGUAAAGGUCUGAUGGAAUGGCUUAGACAGAAUCCAAGCUACAGAAUGGAGCUUCCUGCUUUUUCAACGUCUCAGACUGCAAGCAUGUUGCACAGUUUUGCUGAACGUCCAAAGCAGAGGAGGCAUCGUUGUAAAGACCCUACCAAGUUGGAUGUGAAUUCCCUGACUGGUGAGGAGAGAGUACCAGUAGUGCACAGGAACACAGGUCGCAGGCUGGGUGGUGCAAUGGCCCCAGCCAUUAAGGAGCUCUCGCAAUGGCUAGAUGCAAACAUAGAAUACUUUGUGGCUCCCGACUGGGCAGAUGUGGUGAAGCAUUCGGGUUUCCUUCCAGAAGGAAAGUUCACCCGGAUUCUCACUGAGCCAGUGAAUCGGGAUCCUAGCACACGUCGUAGAGGCAGAAGACCUCGCAGUGAGAUGCCCAAAGCUCCUGAGCUUCCGGCUGGCAUCGCACCACUCUUUAUGAAUGAUGGGCUUAUUGGCAUGGAUUUGGUUAACUUACCCAACCUGCGCAAUGUCCCUGGCAUUCCGAUAAGUGGGCUCAUGGGCUUUCCGCCUGGUUUGGCUACAGCCCUACCAGGAGAAGAUACUAAGAAUGGCCUGAGUAUGCUACCUAUGAUGCUUCAUAGUAUGUCAGCAGUUCAACCACCCAUGUAUGGCACUCAUUUAAGUGGAAUGAUAAACCAGUCACUAUCUGCUUCAGCCUCCACAGUAACCACAGCUGCCAGCUCCUCCAGCACGGCAACAGUGACUUCCAUAUCCUCUGCCACUGUGGCCUUAAGCCCUAGCCCUGCAGUCAGCUCCAGCACAGCAGUUUCUAAAGAGAGAGCCAGUCCUGAGCCUAGUACUGAUGAGAGAACAGUUGGAGAGAAUGAGAAAAAAAUGUUACCUGCUGUUCCCUGCCCCACUGUUACUAGCAGUUCUGCUAGCAUUACAAGCAGUGGGAGCCAUUUGACCUUCAACCCUUUUUUGAUCCCAGGAAUGCCUCAUGGAUUACUGUAUCCCCACAUGUUCCUGCCACAUGGCAGUAUUAUGGCACUUCCAUCAGCAUCAGAUAGCACUGGAAUUACUAAGCAGAAGAAAAAGAAAGUUAAAGAUGAAGCAGUAGUGGAAGAAGACAAUGGUUUAUUGGAGCUACAGGAUGGGGAGAUGAGAGGGAAGAGGGAUAUAGAAACACUGGCAUGUAAACAUAAAGAGGGUGGGCUGGAAGAAUCGUUGCCUGCUUCGGACACCACUAAGGUUACAAGUGAUGAUGCUAGUGACCCUUCACCUGUGGUCAACACAGCCAAAGCGGUAGAAGAAAUAAAAGGGGAGGUAGAGAAAAAGUGCAGCAUGCCUGUGCCAAAAGAGGAUGGCAUGGAUAUAACACAGGAUGUUUAGUAGACUCUGCUCUCCAUUGAGCAACAGUAUCUUUAUGUGUUGUGCUGGUAAAAGUUUGUGUAAAGAAAUUUGAUUAUCAACUUCUUAAUGUUUAUAGAUCUGCUGCAGAAUCAAAACAGGUGAAUUCUCUGACAUACCCCUUUCCAAGAGUUUGCUGAAAUCACCAUAAAGUGUCAGCAUGCACACACACUCAUUUCAGUACGACAAGAAUACCCAAUAAAACAUCACAUUGAAUGUGAAGAUGUCACUCUUGCAUCCUGGAAAUGGGCCCUGAGGUUACCUUAUCGGUUCUGGUUGUCUGGCACACUUAGCUCAUUGUUAGAAGUGACAAAGGAUGUCAUCAAAAUUAUCCUGCUUUUUCUGUUUUUCUUCUCUUUCUUUUUUUCCCUACUGGAUACAAUCCACACACAACUCCUGAAUUCCAGGGAAGAGUCAGAAAAUGGCUGCAGUUGAUAACAGGUGUUGUGAAAUGAAAUGACAGUCCUGUCUUUUAAUUUAUGGUGCUUACAGGGUUAUAGAAAGAAAUCAAACUGAUUCCUUUGAUUACAAAAUCAAUUGAUUCGAUUGUUCAUAGAAACACAUGUAAACAUUUUACAUUUAUAUUAAAAGCCCACUCCCCACGGGUGGAUUCGGAGCAGAGUUGCUGCUGUUACUCUUAGGAUGGACAACACUAGUUGCACAUCACUAUUUACUUGCUGCUAAUUCAAAAGGCAAACAUUUAUGAAUCAGUAGAAAGCUAUACAUAAAUGCAAAGUGACAAUUUGUGCAGUUGAACCAGAAGACUAGAGAAGAAAACAGUGCUUAACAUUUAUAACGAAGAUCAAUCCAAAAAAAAACCGUUAAUGGUCAUGGAGUUGGAAUAUAUUUCCAGUGUCAUUAUUUUUUCUUUUUCUUUAUUAAAUUCAUUUCUUUCUAACACACCAGAGAUGGAAUAUGCUGUGAGAAUAAUUUCAAGUAAGGGCAGAGUGAUCUCAGAUUUGACAAGGUGUCAUUAAGAGUUCAUGUGUCGAUUCCUAAUGAAUCUUAGUACCUCUUGGUGUAGGUAUGGAGCCAUUGGGUGAAGAACAUGCACUAUCACACACACAUCAGUCAAAUUAACAUUUCUAUGUUAAUUGCUAUCAUUGCUGUCUUUUUGUCUUACAUGUAGAGUUGAUGAGAAACACUUUCUGGGGCAGAAGGCUUUGCUUAAAUGCUUUUGUCUGACCUGAUACAUCGGAAAAUAGUGUAGAGUAGUAUCUGUCGAGAUUUUUUUAAACCUGUACAUUUAUAUAGCUGUAUAUUGCUGUUACUUUUGUUUAAAAGCACACUAUUUUUAUCAUCAUUAUGUCAUUGGGAGAAACUGUAAAUCAGUGCUAGUAUUUCUUGUAUCUACCCAUAUUGUACACUAGAUGGACACCCAAGACUUUUUGUUGACAGAUUCCAUAUCUCACAGCAGGGUCUUUUUUUUAUUAUUAUUAUUAUUAUUAUUAUUUUAAGUUCCUUAGGUUGUAUUACUUUUCUAUGCCUAACAUUCUUGAAUUCACUUUCUUAACAUUGUUUUUGAUGUGAAAACAAUUUUUGCACGUUCCUUAUGGUGAAUAUUUAUCUGGAACUGUAUUCUGUCAUAUGUGUUCUUAUUUCUUCUGUUUAUUGUAUAGACAUUUGUUUGUGUGGACACAUGUACAUACAUGUCUGCUCCUGCAGAGGACAGUUUUCAUGUAAACCUGAACAUUAUAUUUCUCAUCUAUAACCAGUCUUGUUUUUUUUUGUGUUGCAUUUUUUCCGUUGCCUUGUCACUUCUUAGAACUCUGUACCAUCUUUUUUUGCCUUACCAAUCACCAAAUAUAAAUAUGCUAUUUCAUUUGAUAUUUUAUUAGAUAUUUCUUUCGUUUAUCCACUUUACUGAAAAUACAUUUGGCUAAUUUAGCACUUUAAAUUGGCGUAAUUAGCAUUUCUCUCAUAGAAUUUGUUACAUUUUCAUGUUGGACUGUAUAUGUUAAGAUGUCUGUGUUUUGGAAUAGGAAGCACUACCCUAACAACAGCUCCUGUGGGUGCUGACACCUAUAUUAAAGAUUAUACGAUAGACACACAAAAUACUAAUAUCUGAUUGGCUGGAAGCUGUGCAUUAUUUCGUUACAAAUGGACAUUUCUAAAGUAGAUCUGAUAAAAUAAUCACUUUUUUUUUUCUUCAACACUACAAAAACACUAAAAUUGUCUAGUACUGUAUUUAAGCAACACUGUCUCUGUCCUGAUGCACAAACCUUUAAUAAUGUAUUAAAAUAAUUUUAAAAAACUUACACCAAUCAGUCAUAAUAAUAAAACCACCUGCCUGAUAUUGUCCUGGAAGUACAGUUCUGCCCAAAUGAUUGCAUGGACUCCACAAGACCUCUGAUGGUGUGCUGUGGUAUCUGGCAACAAGAUGGGAGCACCAGAUCCUGUGAGUCCUGGAAGUUGUGAGGUCCCCCCCUCCAUGGAUCAGACAUAUUUGUCCCACGGAUGCUUGAUCGGUUUGAGAUCUUGAGCAAUUUGGAGGCCAUGUCAGUAUCUUCAAAUCUGUCAUGUUUCUGAAACCAUUCCUGAAGAAUUUCCGCAGUGUGGCAGGGUUUAUUAGUUUGCUGAAGGAGGUAACUGGCAUUGAGGAAUACUGUUGCCAUGAAGAAGUCUGCAUUUGGUCUGCAGCAGUGAUUAGGUAGGUCGUAUGUGAUGAACUAGUGUCCGUUUAAAUCACCAGCAAAAUAUUACCCAGAGCAUAUAAUCUGCUCUAUAGUCCUUCUUUCACCCGGAAAUUGACACAUGCAUCCAGCUUUCCACAUGAUGUAAAACACAGUGUGAUUCAUUAGACCAGGCCACCUUUUUCCAUUGCUCCAUGGUCCAGUUCUGAAGAUUUGAAGGCACUUUUGCCAGUGUUAGCCAAUGUUAACUUUCCCAGUAGUUUGUUGUACAGUACCAAUUCUGUGAGAUCGGAACAUAUGGGCUAGCCUUCACUCCCCAGGCACAUCGGUGAGACUUGAGCAGCCAAGACCCUAACAAUAGUUCAGCAGUCAUCCUUGUUUAAACCGCCUUUGGUAGGUACUAACCACUCCACACCAGGAACACCCAACAUAACCUGCCAUUUGGAAAGUGCUCUGGCCCAGUUGUCUAGGUAUCACAAUCUGGGCCUUGUCAAAGUCACUCAGAUCAUUAGGCCCUUUUUUUCCCCCUGCUUACACGAAAAAAUGGUGGUGGUAGCUCAAGUGGUUAAGGCUGUGGGUCGUUAACCGGAAGAACAAUCGGUUCAAGCCCCAGCACCGCUAAGCUGCCACCGUUGGGCCCUUGAGCAAUGCCCUUAGCCCCACCUGCUCCAGGGGGGCUGUAUCGUGGCUGACCCUGCGCUCUGACCCCAAAUCCCAAGGAUAGAUUAUGCAAAGAAAGAAUUUCACUGUGCAGUAAUGUAUGUGACAAAUAAAGACAGAAAAUCAACUUCAAGAACUGACUGUUCACUGCCUAAGAUAUCGCACCCCUUGACUGCUGCCACAAGGUAAUCCGUGUUAUUCACCUCACCUGACAGCGGUUUUAAUAUUAUGGCUGAUCGAUAUAGUUUCACUAUUUUACUAAAUGACUUUUACUAAAUGUAAAUGUUUAACUCAAUUUAGCUGUCAGUUUAAAGCCUGUGAUUAUUGAUAUUAAGUCUAAUUGGAACAUUUGAUUUCCUCAGUUAUUUAUCAGCUAACAUUAAUGUUGCAUAAAUAUGGAGGAAAUGAUCAUCUACACAGUCUUCUCUCAAAGGAUUGGGUCAACAAGGCCAAUUCAUUUGGUUUUCAGGUCAAAAGAAGAAUAUGAGAUGAGUAGCCUACUGAUACUUAUUGCUGAUGAGUGUCUAGCACCUUGUGGUGUAGUCUCCACAUUUCCUCUUUACAAGUUGUCUGAGUACAUUGGAUUGCGAUACCUUCACCUUUGCCCUAUAAAAGCUGUUCGUGUGGUCACCAUUUUUUGGCGGGUUCUUCACAGAUCUCCCAGUAUUUGUCAUCGACUGUGGCUGAUUUCCUUGGCCAGCCUGUUCAUUGUACAUUGGUUAGUACUCCAUUGGUUUCUUUUACUUUUUCCAGGACUCUUUUCUCAAAUGCUUUUGUUGUUUGUUGGCCAUGCCCAAUACUUGUGCAAUAGCUCUGUUAUAGAUUUUCCUUCUUUCUGUUUGGCUUGCUUUUCUCCCAGGGUUCUCAUAUUCAUCUUUUAGGUAUAUAGUAAAAAAAAAAUAAAUAAAAAGGAAUUUGCCUUGUCAUUCCAAUACUUUUGGAGGGGACUGUAUGUUAGUGUGUGGCAGUAUUCAAGAAACGUCAGUAUUCUGUACAGUUGAUCUUUUCCUUCUAAUACAACAGUAAACUAAUAAAUUACGCUUGCCAGUAUGUAUUAAACAUACAAUCGUAUUGCAACUCCUUUUCCCAACGAAACCGUUUAAAAACCAACCACACUACGGAAACAAACUCUGCACAUAGUGCCAGAAUAUAUAUAUAUAUAUAUAUAUAUAUAUAUAUAUAUAUAUAUAUAUAUAUAUAUAUAAUGAACAUUAGAGCUAAAGAUGCUAAUGCCAUGGGGCAGUUUUAAUCUUUGACUUUCUCAUCAACAUACAACUUUCACUUCCCUCACAAGUUUGUUGGGACCAAUGAUUUGCUCCCUUGAAAGUUUUGUAAAGCACAACAUCAUGUUUUUUUGUUUUUUUAGCUUUGCUUUAUAGCUUUAAUUUAAUUAUAGCUUUUCUAAUACACUUUAGAAAAGCAGAGUAUACUGUAUACACAGUUAGAAUGUUUUUGAUUUGUAGGUAUGUGUAUUGAUUUUCUAAAACGCUCCAUUUGUUUGAGAACAGAUUUGGAUGCUGUCAACAUCUUCAACUUCUAUACAAUCUAAACAAAGCAGAAAAAAUAUGCAAUAUAUGGGUCCAGACCGAAGGUCUAUUUGCUUAUGUUGUGAUGAUACCAAGAUGUGUUUUUGUCAUCCUCACUUUGUUAAUCUUUAUUAAACUGUCCGAUUUUAUUUUUGAAUAAUUAUUUCUUCUGUUGUAAUCCACAGUCUUGUCCUUUGUGUUUUCCCAAUUCACAGUAAAGACAGGAAAUGA